CCUACGCAAGGUCUGGAUUGGCGGGUCCAUGCACGACGCUUGAUGGCUUUUGUUGCAUGCUGAAUUUAGGAAAAUCGGGACAAGCGAUCUUUAAAUACAUUUUAAAGCAGAUAUUUAAGUAACGGUGCCAAUCGAACUAUUACAAUCAUUUCUGGCCACAAUAUAGGCCUUAAGUUGUCUAAUAAAUAGACUUAACUGACCUCGUAAAUUCAAUUUUCUCUUAAGAACGGCUGGCGUUACCAAGGAACCGGAAGGUUCCUCCCCCCCACAGCUGAACAUGAGCGAGCCUUCAGAACCCACUGCUGCAGUGGAGACAACAGAGCCGCCCAAGGAAGACGUGAAGCUGGCCACUGCCGGGAAGAAGCAGGCCAAGAAGAAGGUGGAGGAGGAGGUGGAGGAGGAGGAGGAGGAGGAAUAUGUGGUGGAGAAGGUCUUAGACCGCAGGGUGGUGAAGGGACGGGUGGAGUUUCUGCUCAAGUGGAAAGGCUUCUCAGAUGAGGACAACACUUGGGAGCCUCAGGACAACCUGGACUGCCCGGACCUGAUCGCCGAGUUCAUGCAGAACUACAAGACGGUUCAGGACACGAAGAAGAAGGAGGCGGUGGGCAAGCGGAAGGUGGGCGAGGCCGACGCCGAGGGCGAGGAGAGCCGCUCCAAGAAGAAGAAAGAUGAGGGGGAGAAAGCCAGAGGGUUCGGCAGAGGUCUCCAGCCUGAGCGCAUCAUCGGAGCCACCGACUCCAGCGGAGAACUGAUGUUCCUCAUGAAAUGGAAGAACUCGGAUGAGGCCGACCUGGUUCCUGCCAAGGAGGCCAACGUCAAAUGUCCCCAGGUCGUCAUCUCCUUCUACGAGGAGCGGCUCACAUGGCACUCUUACCCCACAGAGGAGGAGGAGAAGAAGGAGGAGGAGAAGAAAGACAAGAAUUAGGCUGGAGGGAAGAGGGGAGGGAGGGUGGGGUGGCGGGUGAUUCCAGGGUUGGGUUGGAGGGUCGUUUCUUUUAAAUACGUUUUUUCUUCAGCCCCAGACUGUUGACAGUGAUAGACCUUCAUCUUGUGUUACCGAUUCAAGCGACGCUUCUUUUCCAUGUGCAUUCUCAUCCCAAUGUGAAUGUCCCAGAAGGCACUGCUUCUUUCUCCUUCCGAGAUCGCGGGGGGGGGGCACUUGACAAACUGUAAAUACAUCGACGUGUCGUGGGGGGGUGAACCAGAUUAGACCCGUGGUUCUCACGCUUCGGUCGUUUUGCUCAUAUCAUGGACGUUGUCCCCCCCCAUUAUCACAACUCGCCUCAUGAAUACUCCUAGUAUUAAUCGGUUACGGUCAUUUACCGACGGUGGGGCUCCUUGGUGGAGCGUGGCCGCCACUUUUUCAGUCACUCCCUAAUCAAUGACGAUCAUGGUCUUUCACAGCCUGGUCUAUCGGGAACCGUAAGCUACAAGAAACGGUUCUUUUUAUAUCAGUGUGUUUCGUGGGGGAAGAUAUCAUGUUUAUCGGUCGUGUGAAUGUUCGCUGUGAGGGGGCUCUAACAGGUGAGACGAUGACAGGCUUAGGCUGCAGACGACUUCUCUAACUUUACUUAUAUGCCCGAUCUGAACAUUUCUAUAUACCGUCUCUGCUAGUGUAGUUUCUCAUUUGUAGCUUCGACCCACAGUCUUGUUGUUUUCUGUGUCUGUUGGCAGUUUUACCUGUUGCAUGUCCCAUGGGUUUUCCAUGUCACUGAUUUACAGGGGUCGCCUUCAUUUCUUUGAUGUUUUUUGGACAGUAAAGUUUUUUCUGUUUUGUUAAAGA